AUGGUCACACAAAAUGGAGAUGCCAGGUAUCAUCCUCCCGAUAGCAGAGUCAAUGUCAAGAGACCUGAAAAUAAUCGAGGCGCCAUUCCGCACCCAUUGGCAAUUACUGCGUCUUCCACCACGCCCCGAACUGCUGGGCCCCCAAGUCCCUACCGAGCAUAUCGGCCUGGCAGACCUCCUGCAUGCCAGCCUACGAUUCCCAAAGCCUCACCAACACAACCUAAUUUCCCCUAUGUGCCCCAAAUGUAUCGAUCACCUACAUUCCCCAAUUCUACCGAACCAGACAACCAGUCGUCAUGGCAUUCCCGGACCGAGAUGGAAAGGACGCAGACCCAACAAAGCAGGAACCCUCGAAUCGGUCUCAAACCCUCUGCGUCGACAAUUGAUAUGCGUACAAGACAGCACUCGCAAUUCCGACUAGAUAAGCUCUCUUCUAGCUCUAGCCCGGCAAUGCCCCGUUUCCCACACCAUUAUCAUUCACCAGAGUUGCACAUUGACUGCGAGGUGCGGUCCAGUUCCCAGUCUGCUUUGACAUCAUCGAGUAUAGAUCCAACUAGCAGCACCGAAAGAAGCAGUAUUGUCACGAAAAACAGUUCAGUGACUGAUUUGUCGCCUGACGAAUUAGAUAUGGAUGGAGGAAUGAGUGUUGACGAUGCCAUAUCAAUGUACCUGGAUGGUUUUACGGACGACCUCCCGUUGCCGCCUGUCCCGACACCCAAGCUCGAGUCAUCAAUAAUUGAGGCUCCAGAGCUCGAAAUGCAAGGCGAGGGGUAUCAGGGAUCCGUAGCGAUUCAAGCUGACAACGGGCAGGGAUAUAUAGAGUCCCGAGAUGACGAAAAACUAAGAUCUGAAGAGCUCCAAGAGGCUAUAAAUAGUGACAUGCCGGAAAUAGCAAUCCCUGUCGCAGUCGAAGGAAAAUCAAAGGACUCCACUUAUCGAUAUAAACGCAAAAAACUUGUAAUUCCUCCUGCGCUUCCUGGUGUCGUGCCGCCACCACGCUCACAUGCCAACGCCCUGCGUGAUCAAUAUGGUUUUCAGAGGACAUCCUCUCACAUUUCAACGAGCGACUACGAGGCUUGGAAUCGUUCCUAUGUGGCGUAUCAGGAGACCAGGAAGCAGAAGUGGGAGGAACUGUUAAAGGAGGUAGAUUUGCCUUCUGUUGAUCCUGUCACUUUUCCCCCGAGAUCUCCGAAGGUCAAGCGCUAUGUCAGGAAAGGUAUACCCCCUGAUUACCGCGGGGCCGCUUGGUUUCACUAUGCAGGAGGCUACGGCCGAUACCACAAAAAUCCUGGUAGGUAUAACCAAUUGGUCAAGGCCGCUCUUAACGGACCUUCAGAUGAUGACAAGGAGCAUAUCGAGCGGGAUCUCCACAGGACAUUCCCGGAUAACAUUCACUUCAAGCCGGAUUCUAUACCCGGCGCAGAGUCAGACUUGUCCCCGGAAAGCGGAAGCAGUAACCCAAAAUAUCUCUCCAAAGCACCUGAGGCGGAAAUUAUCCAGUCGCUGCGUCGUGUAUUAUAUGCAUUUGCGGCACAUAAUCCCAAGGUCGGUUACACUCAGUCGCUUAACUUCAUCGCAGGGAUGCUUCUUCUCUUUCUUCCCGAGGAGAAAGCGUUUUGGAUGCUUGACAUCAUUACCUCGACCUAUUUGCCGGGAACUCAUGAAAUUAGUCUUGAGGGUGCAAAUAUCGACCUUUGGAUCCUUAUGGUAACAUUAAAAGAUUCAUUGCCUGCAAUUUACACAAAAGUUGCCAGCACAACCCCAACAACCGGCAAAAUCAAGCCUCCACCCAUCAACACGAAAACACGACUACCCGACAUUACGCUUGGUCUAACAAAUUGGUUGAUGUCUAUGUUUAUCGGUAGCCUGCCACUUGAAACCACGCUGCGCGUGUGGGAUAUUUUCUUCUACGAAGGGUCUAGAACUUUCUUUAGAGUUGCACUCGCGAUCUUCAAAAGCAGUGAAAAGGAAAUACUUGCUGUCAAUGAUCCUAUGGAAAUUUUUCAAAUCGUGCAAUCAGCCCCGAAAAAACUUUUAGAUGCGAGUUCCGUCGCGGACGAUUGUUUUGCGCGUCGGUUCAGGCUCUCCCAAGCCCGUGUCGAGGAACUGCGAGCCGCGCGGAGAAAGGCAAUAAGGGAGGAUAAAGGCCGACUUUCUCUGUUGUUGUCCGGUAAAGGGAACCUCCAAGCUGGAUCCAAUGAACCCCCCUCUAGUGCGCGAACGAGUAGCCCGCGAUCCACUGCUUGGAAAAGCCUAAAAAAGCAUACAUUUAGAUGA